GAUAAAAAACAACAUUUUUGGCAUUGUAGUUUAAAUUUAAAAAAUGACGUUUUAUCUUGUCUAAUACUUAUUUGCACCAACAAGAAUAUUCAUAGUAGUGUGUUUUGUCUAUAUAAAACCCUAACAUGAUAUGAACACACAUUCACUAAGGUCGUUUCGCAGUACUCAUACGCAAUUUAUUUUAAUAUUUGUUUCGAUUGUCAAAUAUGAGUGGACGCGGUAAAGCAGGCAAAUCCAAGGGCGGCAAGUCGAAGACUCGAUCUUCCCGAGCUGGACUUCAGUUUCCGGUCGGUCGUAUUCAUCGAUUGUUGAAGAAAGGGAAUUACGCUGAGCGUGUAGGAGCCGGCGCCCCGGUUUACCUAGCCGCCGUUAUGGAAUACUUAGCUGCUGAAGUGUUGGAAUUGGCCGGUAAUGCCGCCCGUGAUAAUAAGAAGAGUCGAAUAAUUCCCAGACACUUACAAUUGGCAAUUAGAAAUGACGAGGAAUUGAACAAAUUGUUGAACGGUGUUACUAUCGCUCAAGGUGGAGUGUUGCCCAACAUUCAAGCCGUUCUCUUACCGAAAAAAACUGAAAAAACCAAAACAACGUAAAUAUUUUUUAUCAAUUGUGCAAAUUAAAAAGGCCCUUCUCAGGGCCAUCA